AGUCAGUUCAGUCCAAUGGUUCAGUCGUUCAGUAGGCGUGUUUGUUGUGUUGUUGUUGGUUGUUCGCAACGACAUUAUUUGUAAAUUUAAUUAUAUUCAAUUGAAGUUUGGGAGUUUCUCGACCCUUAGUUGGUAAGAUCAUCUUGCACAUUACAAUGGCCACACUAGACGACAAGAUUUUGGGCGAAAAGCUUCAUAAUUACUGCAGUAGCAGUGAAGAUGAAGGAGACUCCGAUUAUGAAGACAGUAGGAGUGGUGAUGAGGAAGGUAACGCGCCAAAACCUCAGGGCAGUGCUGAGCCGCCGCCUAUAAAUAAUUGGAAUGGAUCUGCGAGCAACACGGGACCGAAAGGUGUAUUGGAAGAUUGGAGACGCUUCAAGCAAUUGGAAGCAGAAAAUAGGGCUGAACUGGAAAAGGAACGCAUAGCAUUAGCUAAAAAGUUGACCAUGUCUGUCAGAACUGAGCGUGAGGAAGAAGAAGCGAAAGAAAGAGAUGAAUUGGAAGAAGAGUUGAAUGAACUGAUUGAUGAAGGCUUCCUUAUGAAAUACCAACAGCAGAGAAUGCAAGAACUGAUGUCUCAGCUUCAGAAAACCCCGAAGUUUGGUAAAGUUGUGACUUUGAAGAGUCAGGAAGAGUUUCUAGAUGCUGUAGACAAGGAGGACACUAAAGUUACUGUUGUUAUCCAUAUCUACAAUAGCAGUGCCCAGGCAUGUGAGACUAUGGAUGGUUGCCUAAACAUUUUGGCUGCAGAAUAUCCCAGUACAAAGUUCUGCCGGAUCCAAGCAGAUAUAACCGGUUUGAGUCGACAUUUCAGAGUUGAUGGGGUUCCAGCUUUGUUGGUGUACAAGGGAGGUCAAAUCAUUGGAAACUUUGUCCAGCUGGCCACGGAGCUUGGUAAUGACUUCUUUGCCUCAGAUGUAGAACGUUUCCUUAUAGAAUUUGGAAUGUUGCCUGAAAAGUAGUUUGAUUUGCAGUCUUCAUUAUUUUGAUACUAAAUCAUUUUUAAGAGAUGUCUUGAAUAUUAAAUUCGAACCAAUCAUAGAAAAUUAUGUUUAAGAUUUCUCACAAGUUUAAUUAUUAAUAAGUUUGUUAUAUAAGUGAAAAUUCAGAUUUAAGCUAAAGAAACUAUGCUAUGGGACAAUUUUGUCACAAUAGUACACUGCCUUUUAAAAGUGUUCAUUAUUAUCAUCCUUUUGUAAGAUUGAAGUAAGAAAAUUGAAGUGAAAAUUCCUUACAAAUAAAAAUAACAUAAAUAAAAGAUUGUGUGGUUCUUCAUUAUUAAGGAUUGAUUAUUACCACACUAUAUGCAGAUUAUGUAAUACUUACCAGCAAUAUAUAAAGGAAAACUGUAUAAUUGUAUAUAAAAAUCAUUGUCUAGGUGUCCAGACUGCAUGAUAGCUAAUGUCUUAUAUAAUCACUUCUGCAUUUAAAACUGUCACAAAUGAAAUUUAUAGGUCAUGGAAUAAUUUAAUCUACAGCCAUACAGUAGUUUCCUGCAUAAUCCCACUUAAUGUCUUCAUUGUGUUGACUCUGUGUCAUCAACCUUGAAUUAGCUUUAAUUCUGCAUUGUUUGUAGUGAUUAAGGGGGUAUUUGUUAUUAUGUCAUUGCAGGGGAAUAGUUAUAAAAUAUUACUCAGUGAAAUUUUACGCAAACAUGUUCUGUGUUUAAUUAAUUUUUUAGAGAAUAAAUUAUUUUAUUUAACAUUUUUAGUUUAGAAAUUUAGUUAACUUGAAUGGGCCCUCCCAAGUUUAUUUUUAUACUAACAAUAAAUUAUGAUAUUGAA